AUGGGCUCAAUCCAACCUAGGCCUCAAGACUCAUUCAGACGGGCCAAAAUCAAUAUCCUCGACCUUGACGACACUACGGCGAUACGCACACUACCCGAACUGAUCGAGUGGAAUGCCAAAUACAAUCAAGACCAUCUGUUCUGCACGCAGCUUCUACCGCAGGCCCAGCCUCAAGCCCAGCAUACUCGCAUCGAUAUCACAUACGGACAGCUCCGACAGAGUAUUGCGCGCGUUGCCUGGAGGCUGCGGAAGCUGAUUCCUGAUUUGCAUCCUCCUCAAGUAGCUAGCAACGGAGACAUUAUCAAAGCUGGUCCGAUUGUCCUGUUCUGCGAGAGUAAUAUUGGACUAUGGUUCCAUUUGAUGGCGUUGAUGGGCAUGGGAGUUCCGGUGGCCAUUUUAUCUGCUCGCCUGAGCCCAACAGCCAUACACCACCUCCUUUCUGCGAUCAAGGCCAAAGCCGUUGUUGCAUCUCCACGUCUGACAGAUACAAUCCAUGACGCAAUUGCCAUUGGACUGCAGGAACCAUGCGACGUAUAUAUCCAAGAGAGAGUCCAGAUCGACCUGGAGGUGGCGGAUGCGGAAACGAAACCAGAUGAAAGCAUGGACCUUCAAACCCACUUCGUCAGUGAAUCAGACCGCAACGUACUAAUUCUGCACUCAUCCGGAACGACUGGACUGCCCAAGCCGAUUUUCCAUCCGCAUCGGUAUUUGCUUGGGUUCACUCAAUGCCACCUGUUGAACGAGGCUGAGGACAUUCAAGGAACUGUUUUGUCGGCUUUACCUCUAUUCCAUGGGUUUGGGCUCUUGGCUCCAUGCAUUUCUCUGGGAGCUGGGAAGCCGUUCAUGCUCCCUCCUCCCCAUAGAAUAUCAACUGGCCAAUCAAUUGUUGAUAUCCUCCAGGCGUACAACGCGCAGGCGCUGAUGGCUGUCCCGCAUAUCUUAGAAGAGAUCACAGCGCACUGCACAGGAACGCAAAAUAAGGGGAUUGACGCCCUCCGUCCACUCCAAUUUGUGCUAUGCGGCGGAGGUCCACUAAGGGAGCCUGUAGGAGAGAAGUUAGCGGAUUCCGGGGUGCGACUGAUCGCACACUUUGGGACAACCGAAUGCGGUCCGUUAGCGCCGGUGUUUGUUCCCAGUAUGGAGGCCAAUUAUGACUGGCGGUAUAUUCGGCUUCGAAGAGAUAUUUUACAGAGGUAUAAGCUGGACCAGGUCCGAGAGGGAGAGUGUAAGCUCACCAUGCGUCCUUUCGGCUGGGAUGAACCCUUCGAAGUCCAAGACCUGCUGAUCAGCCGGUCAGAAAAGCACAAGUAUGACGUCCGUGCUGCAGGCCGCACAGAUGACCUGAUUGUGCUUGCGAAUGGCGAAAAGGUCGUUCCACGGGUACUUGAAUCACUGUUGUGCGAGAACAAGCACGUGAAAGCCGCCGUUGCAUUUGGCGAAGGACACUUUCAAAUAGGAGUUAUCGUCGAGCCCGCGCAGGGCGUGGCUAUGGGGGAAAUUGAAGCAUUCAAAUUGAGCCUCUGGCCUGCUAUAGUCGAGGCCGGAAAGCGGAUGGACUCGCAUGCGCGGAUUUCGUCCCUGAGCAGCAUUAUAAUUGCGCCUACUGAAAAGCCACUGCCUCGCUCGGACAAGGGCUCGGUCCUGCGCAAGGAGACGUAUCGAGUCUUUGAAAGCGAGGUCCAACAAGCAUAUCGAGGGUUGGAAUCUGGAAACAAUCAGCAUGACCCGCUCGACUUGAACCUGUACACCAUUGACCAGAAAAUCAAGGAUCUCAUCCAAGAACACCUCGGCUGGGAUAUCCCGUCCUCAAAGUGGAGUGUUGAGAGCGAUUUAUUUGAGCUGGGAAUGAACUCAUUGCAGGCAAUGCAGCUGCACCGUCUGCUCGUCUCAUAUUUCCCGCAGUAUCGAGAUGCGAUUCCGCUUGAUUUUGUUCACAAACACCCGGCUAUAUCACAGCUCGUUGGCGCACUCAGGGCUAUAGCUGGGCCAAUGGACCAAGAAAAUAACUCGCAGGAAAUAGACGACUUCAUCCGCGCGCACUCUGUCUCCACGCUGGAACAAAUUGUUGUUCUCUUGACCGGAAGUACGGGACACCUUGGAUCCAACCUGCUUGGUCAACUAGUCCAGUCACCACAGGUCAAGAGAGUAAUUUGCCUCAAACGGACGUCAAGCUCGAAGGGACCCGAUGGAGACAGUUUACAACAACAAUUACGCCAGGCCAGUGAAAAGGGGGUGAACAUACCUUCUACGCUCGGGCUUAAGAUCGAGACAAUCCACUGCGACCCCAUCGCAGAUGCACUGGGCCUCAACACGGAAACUUACGCAUACCUUGCAUCCAGCAUCACGCAUAUCAUUCACAAUGCCUGGCCAAUGGACUUCAAGCGCGGGCUCUCCUCCUUUGCAUCCCAGUUCCGAUACCUCAAUAACCUGCUUAAGCUGGCACUAAGCGCCCGUACCACCAGACCAAGGUUUCUUUUUGUCUCAUCCAUUGCAGUGGUGGGGGCGUACCCCUCCGUCCACGGCAUGCGCGUUGUCCCCGAAGUUCAGGCGAGCAAAAACACUAUCAUUGAUGAGUUCGGCUAUGGAAGGGCCAAAUUUGUGUGUGAGUCCAUCCUAGAUGAAGCGGCGCGCAUGCACAGCGAUAAGUUAGAGGUGGCGAUUGUUCGUGUAGGACAGAUGUCGGGCUCGUCGACUAGUGGGCAUUGGAACCCCAAGGAGCAUGUACCGACCAUGUUUCGCUUUGCAAAGAGAAUUUCGAAGCUUCCAGUCAUCAAUGGAACACUCUCUUGGAUCCCGAUCAACACCGCCGCAAAGGUGCUAGGAGACAUCCUACUAAGCGCACAAUUGUCGGCCUCACAGGCUCAGAUCUACCACUUAGAGAACCCAAUCCGGCAGUCAUGGUCCGAUGUGCUUGACAUGCUAGCAAACGGACUGGGAAUAUCUUCAGACGGCGCCGAACGUCUACCAUUUGACCUAUGGCUCAGCCAAGUCAAGGAGAGUAUUGACAAUGACAAGGCAGAGCCGACAGAUAGAGUGGAAUUUCAGAUGUUGGCCGAAUUUCUCGAGAAGGAUUUCCGGCGAAUGGCCACUGGAGGUAUCAUCCUGGAUACGCAGAAUACGCGAGCGGCGUCAAGCACACUGCGGUACAUGGAGGAGGUGUCACCGCAUGUGAUUAGAAAAUAUAUUGCAGAAUGGAAAAGGUCGGGGUUCUUGAGAUAG